AACUAACACAGUGUAUGAAGGGUCACAUUCUCUCCCAUGUUUUAUGUCGGAGAAACUUCCAAUAAGUCCAAAGCUUUGCUGUCACAACUUUAACAUCACUAUCUUCUAAUCAAAAACCAGUUCAUAAACCUGACAAGACCUUAAAAAUGAUCAAAACUAAUCAAAGGUUUAUAAUUAGACCAACCUUAUCAUAUAUCAAACCACAUUUACAUUCUCAAUUACUACUUCCUCAAAAACUAGAGAUAACACUCUCUGUCAAUAUUGUUCUGUCGACACCCUCAAAUGGUGGACAAUUGAGAGACAGAUCAAGCAAGAACAAAAUGCAGCUGAAACCUCAGUUUUCCUUCUUCUUCUGUUGCAUUUGGUGUUUCUCUUAUGCUGCUUCUGCUAAUGAUGAAGCAUCCACUUUGAUUUCUAUAAAAGCAGGUCUCAGUGAUCCACUGAAUAGUCUUCAUGAUUGGAAAAUGUUGGAUAAAGCACAAGCUCAUUGUAAUUGGACUGGUGUUCAGUGCAAUUCAGCUGGAGCUGUAGAGAAGCUUGAUCUCUCUCACAUGAAUCUGAGUGGAAGCAUCUCCAAUGAGAUACAAAAGCUUAAAAGUCUCACUUCUCUCAACUUGUGCUGCAAUGGAUUUGAGUCAUCGUUGUCAAAAUCCAUAGUCAAUCUCACCUCACUGAAGAGUCUUGAUGUGAGCCAGAAUUUCUUCACAGGUGACUUUCCUUUAGGCCUUGGAAAGGCUUCAGGGCUUGUGACCUUAAAUGCAUCCAGCAACAAUUUCUCUGGUUUUCUUCCUGAGGAUCUUGGAAAUGCCUCUUCCUUGGAGACACUUGAUAUCAGAGGCAGCUUCUUUGAAGGGUCAGUUCCGAAAUCGUUCGCUGGCUUGAGUAAGUUGAAGUUUCUUGGUUUGUCUGGGAAUAAUCUCACUGGGAAGAUCCCAGGAGAGCUGGGAAAACUUUCAUCACUGGAGUAUAUGAUCAUUGGGUACAAUGAGUUUGAAGGUGGGAUUCCAGCAGAGUUUGGAAAUCUCACCAAUUUGAAGUAUCUUGAUUUAGCAGAAGGCAAUCUUGGUGGUGAAAUCCCUUCUGAGUUGGGAAAGCUUAGAGUGUUGGACACAGUUUUCUUCUACAAGAACAAUUUUGAAGGCAAGAUUCCACCAGAGAUUUGCAAUGUGACUUCAUUGGUGCAGCUGGAUCUCUCAGAUAACAUGUUAUCUGGAAAUAUUCCAGCUGCGAUAGGUCAGCUGAAGAAUUUACAACUUCUGAACUUCAUGCGAAACCGGUUAUCCGGUCCCGUGCCUUCUGGCCUUGGGAGCUUGCCUCAGCUAGAGGUGCUUGAGCUCUGGAACAAUUCGUUGUCAGGGUCACUGCCUAGUGAUCUUGGCAAGAAUUCCCCACUGCAGUGGUUGGAUGUAUCAUCCAACUCACUCUCUGGUAAGAUUCCAGAAACUCUUUGCAACAAGGGAAAUCUCACCAAGCUUAUACUUUUCAACAAUGCCUUUUCCAGUCCAAUUCCGGCAAGCCUAUCAACGUGCCCUUCGCUCGUUCGUGUUCGAAUCCAAAACAAUUUUAUAUCCGGGACUAUUCCUGUGGGUUUUGGCAAGCUUGGGAAGCUUCAAAGGCUAGAAUUGGGUAACAAUAGUCUUUCUGGUGAAAUUCCCCGUGACCUUGCUUCUUCCACAUCCCUUUCUUUCAUAGAUUUCUCCAGAAACAACCUGCACUCUUCUCUUCCUUCCUCUAUUAUUUCCAUUCCAAAUCUGCAAACUUUCAUUGUCUCCAACAACAACUUGGAUGGUGAAAUCCCAGACCAAUUUCAGGACUGUCCCUCACUCGGAGUCCUUGAUCUCUCAUCGAAUCGUUUCUCUGGAAGCAUUCCGCCAAGCAUUGCUUCAUGUCAGAAAUUGGUGAAACUAAACCUGCAGAACAACCAAUUGAGUGGUGAUAUCCCAAAAGCAUUAGCAAGCAUGACCACAUUGUCCAUUCUUGAACUUGCUAACAACUCUCUAACUGGUCAAAUACCUGAAAACUUUGGUAUGUCUCCUGCUCUAGAGACAUUCAAUGUUUCACACAACAAGCUAGAAGGUCAUGUCCCAGAAAAUGGCGCGCUAAAGACAAUAAACCCAAAUGAUCUAGUAGGCAAUGCUGGCCUAUGUGGUGGUGUUCUCCCUCCAUGUGGCAAAACCCCUGCAUAUUCAUUUAGGCAUGGGAGCUCAAAUGCAAAGCACAUCAUUGUGGUAUGGAUAAUUGGAAUAUCAUCAAUCUUUGCCAUUGUGGUUGCAACUUUGGUUGCAAGAUCUGUAUACCUAAGGUGGUACACUGAAGGAUGGUGCUUUGGAAGAAGAUUUUCUAAAGGUAGCAAAGGAUGGCCCUGGAGAUUGAUGGCAUUUCAGAGGCUUGAUUUUACAAGCACUGACAUUUUAUCCUGCAUCAAGGAAACAAAUGUGAUUGGCAUGGGCGCAACUGGGGUUGUUUACAAGGCUGAGGUACCACAAUCAAGCACCGUUGUGGCAGUCAAGAAAUUGUGGAGGUCAGGAUCUGAUAUUGAAGUAGGAAACAGUAGUGAUGAUCUUGUUGGAGAGGUGAAUCUUUUAGGGAGGCUAAGGCAUAGGAACAUUGUUAGACUGCUAGGAUUCCUUUAUAAUGACACUGAUGUGAUGAUAGUUUAUGAAUUUAUGCACAACGGAAACCUUGGAGAUGCCUUGCAUGGUAAACAAGCAGGGAGGUUGCUCGUAGACUGGGUUUCGCGGUAUAACAUAGCUCUAGGAAUUGCUCAAGGACUUGCUUAUCUUCAUCAUGAUUGUCAUCCACCCGUUAUCCAUCGUGACAUCAAGUCAAACAAUAUACUGCUUGACGCAAAUCUUGAGGCAAGGAUAGCAGAUUUUGGGUUAGCCAAGAUGAUGAUCAGGAAGAACGAGACAGUCUCCAUGAUUGCUGGAUCCUAUGGAUACAUUGCCCCUGAAUAUGGAUACUCCUUGAAGGUGGAUGAGAAGAUUGACAUAUAUAGUUAUGGAGUAGUUCUGUUGGAGCUUCUCACAGGAAAGCAUCCUUUAGAUCAAGAGUUUGUAGAAUCUAUAGACAUUGUUGGAUGGAUUAGAAGCAAGAUAGACAACAAAUCUCCAGAGAAAGCAUUAGACCCCAGUGUAGGAAACUGCAAGCUUGUUCAAGAAGAGAUGCUUUUAGUUCUUAGAAUAGCACUUCUUUGCACUGCUAAACUCCCCAAGGACAGACCCUCCAUGAGGGAUGUUAUAAUGAUGCUAGGAGAGGCAAAGCCAAGGAGAAAGAACAGUGGCAGCAAUGAAACAUUAGCAGCUAGCAAGGAGAGGCUUGUGAUUAACACAUCAUCACCGGUUAAUGGCCUUCUGUAAGAACUCAAACUGAAGUUUUUGCAAAGUCUCCUCAAUUGUACUUAGAACUAUUGUUAAUUUCCUCUAAUUUUGUAAUCAGUCAAAUCUGUAAUCAAAAUAGAUUAGUUUUUGCAAAUAAAUAUUUUUUCUAUGUAUCAUGCUCAGUCACAAAACCAAAGAAAACAAUUGUACCUACCUAAUUUUAAUAAGAUUGACAGAUUUUUAAUCUCA